AGACGGGCGGCGGCGGCAGUACGGAAAGGGCGCCCACUCCCCGGACGAGCUGCAAGGCGACCGCUCCUCGCGGGCGGCCGGGGUCCGCGCUGCAGCUACCGGUGCUCUCCGGCCCGGGCUGCCGCGACAGGCGGCCCCGGCUCCCGCCGACUCGCGGCGCCCCCCGGCUGCGCCCCCACGCGCUGCUCGCGGCCCGGGCCAUGGGGCUGGGCGGAUCCGAAGCUCGGCCGAGCUGAGGCAGCGGCGCCCGUUCGCGCAGCCCGCUCGCCGGCGCCUGACCCUCACGAUGAUGAAGAAGAAGAAGUUUAAGUUUAAGGUGGACUUCGAGCUCGAGGAGCUCUCCUCGGUGCCCUUCGUCAACGGGGUCCUCUUCUGCAAGAUGCGGCUGCUGGACGGCGGCACCUUCACCGCGGAGUCCUCCAGGGAGGUGGUGCAAGCAAAUUGUGUUCACUGGAGAAAGAAGUUCUCGUUUAUGUGCAAAAUGAGCGCCAGCGCCUCCACCGGCAUCCUGGAUCCCUGUAUCUACAGAGUGUCUGUACGGAAGGAAUUAAAAGGUGGGAAAGCUUACGCAAAGCUGGGCUUUGCAGAUCUAAACCUGGCAGAGUUUGCUGGAUCAGGAAGUACCACCCGUCGCUGCUUACUGGAAGGCUAUGAUACCAAAAAUACAAGACAGGACAACUCCAUUCUUAAAGUUUUGAUCAGUAUGCAGCUGAUGUCCGGUGACCCAUGCUUUAAAACGCCUCCUUCCACAUCCAUGUCAAUACCAAUCGCUGGGGAAUCGGAGUCUCUGGAAGAGGAUAGGAAAGGCGGCGAGACCCUCAAAGUGCAUCUUGGGAUAGCAGAUCUUUCAGCGAAGAGUGCCUCCGUUCCAGAUGAACUUGGUGCCUGGGGACACUCUAGAACAUCAAGCUAUGCAAGCCAACAGUCCAAAGUAUCAGGGUAUAGCACAUGCCACUCGCGGUCAUCCAGUUUCUCCGAGUUCUGCCACAGGAGAAAUACCUCAGUAGGAAGCACGUCAACAGGGAUUGAAAGUAUUCUUGAGCCAUGUGACGAAACUGAGCAAAUCACAACUGAACCAAAUCCAGACCCCGUCUCCGCUGCCGCUGCUGUUAAGGAAGAAGAAGCUCCGGAGAAACUCCCCAGAUGCCCAGUGAAGCAGGAUUCCGUUGAGUCUCAGCUGAAGCGGGUCGACGACACCAGGGUGGAUGCUGAUGACGUCGUGGAGAAGAUCCUGCAGAGUCAAGACUUCAGCCUCGACUCCAGCGCAGAAGAAGAAGGGCUGAGGUUAUUCGUGGGACCUGGGGGAAGUACAACCUUCGGCAGCCACCACCUUCCAAACAGGGUAGGAUCUGGAGCCUAUGAGCAAGUUGUAAUCAAACGCUAGAAGUGAAGCAGGCGGGCGGAAGCUUCCCUGUGUGGACAACAGGAGUUCCAAGGUGUAUUAGUCAAGCAUGUAAGAAAAAGAAUGUGCCUGUUUUCAAAGUGAAGUUCAUCCGUGAAGAGGAAAGCAGAGCCGAUUCCUUCUUAAAGCAUCCCCCACCGUCCUUUCCCACCUACUCACCCACUGUGGGAGCACGUGAAAGGAUGGGGGCGGGGCUUGGGGCAGCGAAGGCCUGGCCUGCAUCAGCACCCCGGAACAAAAAGUCUGCUUGGGCUUCUGAAGCACCCGGGAGAAAAACUGCACUGGACACAUCUGAGGGUGAUUUUAUUCCAGCGUAAAUAUCUAAGUUGGGGGUGCUCAACAGGUUUGGGCUGUUUUUAAAUUUUAUAUUUAACAGUGUUAGAGGUCAGUUUAAACCCUAUAAAUUCUAUCAAGAUAGUUGUAAUUCCUCUGAAGUAAAUCUUCCAUGUCCUGUUACCUACACCAUUGCACUAAGUGUAUUAGCUCCUUUUAUGCAGCAAUUGGUAGAAAGAGCGAGUGUUCAUGCUUUGGGAAAAUAUUAUGCUAUAACUUACGCAUUUUAAAGAUUUUAUAAUUCUGGACAUCUCAGACUUAAGUCAAAUGGCAAACGUGUCCAAAUCUGCCACAGGUGGGCGGAAGGAAGGCUGUGAUGGUACAGCAUCUAUUGUUACUGUCAUUAGUAUUAGGUGAGUUGCAAAGGCCCCAGUGCCACAGUAUAGAGUCAAGUUAAGCAUAAUAAUCAGUACGUUAGGGGCUGGGGAUUUAGCUCAGUGGUAGAGCGCUUACCUAGGAAGCGCAAGGCCCUGGGGUCGGUCCCCAGCUCCGAAAAAAAGAUCCAAAAAAAAUAAUAAUAAUAAUCAGUAUGUUAGGCUACCAUGGGCAAGCUACAAGAGCUGUUUCAUAAGCCAUUCAGUACUAAGACUCUCUGGUCUCGGCGGUCAGAACAGACGCAGAGCUGUUAGAUGGUCAGAAAGAUAGCAUUUUUCUUAAGGAAGCCAGACUUCUGUGAACUGACACUUAAUCUUGCUGUGCUGAUGGACAGAUGGCUGGGCAGCUGAGUGGCAUCCAUUUCACUGACAACACCGGACUCGCACUUUCCUAUUUGAGCCUCUUUGACCAGAGACUGUUUCCUUCUUUACUGUGUCAGAAUUGAGCUGUUUGAAGCCAGAGUAGACUGUAACAUACCUCUAAUACAGCUUUUAGGGUCCGAAUAUUCAGUCUGGAUCCAUGUUAACACCACAGCACACAAGCUGUAUUUUUUCUGGUCUUAGUUGACAGUACCCAUGUAGAAAGGGCUAAACUUCCCUUUGCUGAAGAGAAGAAGGUUAUACAGAGACAUCAAUGCCCAAGUCCUCACCUUCACAAUCACAUCCUAGAGAACGAUAAGUCAGAACAGAAUUGCUCUGGCCAGGGUAUUUUUAUGUUGACAAAAUAUUGUUGCAAUAUUUGAAUCUCCAGAUUGGGAAUCUCCAGGCUGAAAUUGUUUGUGUCAGAAUUUUUAUUUUAAUGUUUCAAGAAUGAGGUAGUCUACAUUAAUCCAAACGAUCUUUACACAUAGACUCUGAAUUUUAAAAAAAAUGACACCUUGUUUUAGAAUAUUUUGAAUACUAAAAGAAAGGAUUGUCUGAGUCAGAUUAAGAUACCCAGAGGGUAGGAUGCUGACCUAACAUCUCGAGCAGGUUAUCCAAAUAGGUGAGGACCUGCUGGCUGCUUCUGGGUGAGCAGAGCCACUGCACAUCACAGCAAGAUCAAAGCAAGGUUUAUCUAGAGUUAGUUAAAGAGUUUCAGUCUGACAAAUUUUAAAGCAUAUUUUUCUAUUUUAAAAAUAUAAUUUCUAGGCUAUAUUUCUAUUGGCGCUUCUGCAAAUGAUUUUGGAUUCCACAGACAACAAUAACACUAGGUUUUGAGCAUGGUUCAGUGAGGCCGCUCAUCAGACACAUGCAGGUGCUGUAGACAGGACCGAGCUUAGCCUUUAGCCGGCUGCCCUUGGCCCUGUAUCUUACCACAGGAUUAGGUUUGUUAUUUUAAAUGGUACAGAAACGUUUACAACAGUAUAAUGUGUGGGGCUGGGGAGUGUAGCUCAGCCGGUAGGAUGUUUGCCUAGACUACACAGUUCUGGGUUUAAUCCCCACCCAGUACAUAAACCAGGCAUGGUGGUAUACACCUAUAAUCCCAGCACUUGGGAAGAAGAAGCAGGAGGAUCAGAUACGUUUAGGGUCAGUCUUGGCUCCAUAGAGAGUUGGGGGCCAAUGUCCGCUAUGUGAUACUCUAUCUCAAAAAGGAAAAGGGACAAUGUGAAGACAUUUUGAAAAGUGUAAAAAUCAUGCCUUUUAAUUUUAGCAGCUACUAAUCUUGAUUCAUAUAUUGGUAUACUAUAAAAAUUCACUUAAAUAGAAACAUGGAGUUGGAAGGAGUGAGAAUAGCUGUGACUCUCAAGUCAACUGAAGUCUGGAUUCUCCUUCCCUAGUGUUUGGGAGUAUAUUCUGCAUUCAUAUUUCAAUACAAUCCUAUCAGAAUGUGAAGCUGCUGAAUGUCUGCAUUUCUGUUCUUUCUGUACAGCAUGUACUGCCCUGAUCUCAGCCACGAGGCUGGUUUGAAAGCUCUUUGCUGAGUACCAAGUCUACUUUUAACUCUGCUUUGAGUUUAGAGAGCAAUAGACUUGGAAAAGUAGGCUCUCAACAAAGUAAUUUUUUUAAUAUUUAGUUGAAAUUUUAAACAGUCCCAUCUUGGAGAAAAUCUUAGCUGUGAGUUUUUUCCACCUCUGUCCUAGAGGAAAGACAGACAGCACCCUCUAAAGCCAGUGUUGGUGAUGAAACAGAAGGAGUAGUUCAUUCAGAAGAAUGCGCAGGCCAGUUCAGGAGAGCUUCUCCUGCCCCAGGCUGGUGACAAGACUGUACAGGAUGUGACGUACAGGGAAAGCAAAGAAGGCCCAGAGCCAUUAGUCUACACCUGAAUGCUGGGCUCUGUUUCAUGGCAGUGUUAAAAGGCUUCUGUAUACAAACAACUAGUGUAUAUUAACACCUUGACAUUAAAGUCUUGGCCAACAACCCCAAGCUCUACCUCUCAUUCCAGCAUAAAACCAUGAGAGUAUCCAAGCUAGAUUCUUCUGUAUAUGUUUCCAUUUUUAGUUUGUUUUUGUUUUUGUUUUUGUUUUUUUUUGUACAAAACUGAGUCACAGAGGCAGAGCACUUAACUCCUUUUUAACUAGAAGGAAAAAGAAAAUACCUUCAACUAAUCUCCAUUCAAAACCAUUCAGGGCAAUCUGGGCCCCAUGGUAAUCAUGAACACAAAAUGAGACCCUGACACAAGAAGCAAUUUUUUUUUAAAUCAGGCAGCACUGAGUUUUGAUAAGUCAACAAAUCCAGAAGAAAUUCCAGACGCUCAGAUUUCCAUGUUAAAUAAGCCUCUUUUGAAGCAUAAGCUGACAGUCUCAUUAAAUACUUCACAGAAACACUUCUGAAACCUCAGGCUUCCGUGUUUACAGCAAAUCUCCGAGAGACACAGUGAGCUCAUAUGACGAGAUUGUUCUGUUUUCUUCACAAGUCUUUCACGUGGACAUUUCAGAAACUCAGUUCUCAUAGAUGGUACAUCAUGUGAGUAUGAUCAAGUAGGGUAGCUGAGACUGUAUGAGGCCACUGUGCAUCCUGGCUUAGUCAGGUACUGAGCAUAACGUUAGUAGCCAAGCUGUACAGACGAAGACUCAGUAGUAAGCCUAAGCUGAGACUGCCCUGGAAAAUGAGGCCUUGUUCCCUUCACCGUGGGGUUUUCACCAGAAAAUGUAAAAAUGGUAAUAUGAGUGGUCUCCCCAUAGAGCAAAGAUGAUAAAAAUUUUGAUUUACAAUGUGUUCUGUAUCUUGAAGUGAGUGUGAUUAUCUUAUAUACAUUCUUACACUGCUAUUCAUCAGCCAGAUUCAGUGCAAGGAAAGACAGACUGUAGAUGACUUCGGUGAACUUUGACAAUAUGUCUUGAGGAUUACCUUCCUCCGGGUUAGUUUACCCCUUUAGAGGUUAAUACAGUGUUUAUGAAAAAAAUGUUACUGGUAACUGAAGGGCAGCACAGCGGUAAGGAACCUUCCGGCAUGUGCAAGACCCUGGGGUUGGUCCUGAGCGCUGGAAAAAAAAAAAAACGAAGUGACUCCAUUGGUAUUCUGUUCUAAUACUUGGAGAAUGACCUUCAUACUUAUAUAUGUCUUAUGUCUUAACCAUACAGUGAUAAAAUCCAGGAAAUGUUUUUUAACAAAACUGUUUGUAAAAUGUUUAUAAUUAUAUAAAAGUGGAUCUUCUACAUGUUCAAUAAAAAGCAAUAUCUCCAAAUUGUAGAUGCUCUUAA